AAUGAAGAGAGACAAUCGCAGAGGAUUAAGGAGAAGGAACAAGACCGUGUUUCUGCCACAGGAAUUGAUCAUUCAAAUCUUGUUGAGGUUGCCGGUCAAGUCUCUUCUACGUUUCAAAUGUGUCUCUAAGUCGUGGCUCUCUCUUAUCACUGACCCUCACUUUGCAAAAUCACAUUUUGAACUAGCUGCCGCACGCACACACAGACUUGUGUUCUUUGACACUUCUUCUCUUAUAACCCGAUCCAUAGACUUCAAUGCAUCCCUUCACGAUGAUUCUGCUUCUGUUGCAUUAAACAUCAAUUUUCUUAUUACCGAUACUUGUUGUAAUGUUCAGAUCCUAGGUUCCUGUAGAGGUUUUGUACUUUUGGACUGUUGUGGAAGUCUAUGGGUGUGGAAUCCAUCCACAUGUGCCCACAAACAAAUAUCUUACUCACCUGUUGAUAUGGGUGUAUCUUUUUACACAUUUCUAUAUGGUUUUGGGUAUGACCCAUUAACAGAUGACUACUUGGUGGUUCAAGUGUCCUACAAUCCGAACUCGGAUGAUAUUGUGAACCGUGUGGAGUUUUUCUCGCUCAGAGCUGAUGCGUGGAAAGUAAUCGAGGGUGUGCAUUUGUCUUAUAUGAACUGCUGUGAUGAUAUCAGACUUGGGUUGUUCUUGAAUGGUGUCAUUCACUGGUUGGCUUUUCGCCAUGAUGUAUCAAUGGAAGUUAUUGUUGCCUUCGAUACAGUGGAAAGGAGUUUUUCAGAGAUACCUCUGCCUGUUGAUUUUGAAUGUAACUUUAAUUUUUGUGAUUUGGCCGUACUUGGAGAAUCUCUCAGUCUACAUGUUUCCGAAGCAGAAAUAUGGGUCAUGCAAGAAUAUAAAGUGCAAUCAUCUUGGACUAAGACUAUUGAUGUGUCUAUUGAGGACAUUCCUAAUCAAUACUUCUCCCUAAUUUGCUCUACAAAAAGUGGUGAUAUUAUAGGGACAGAUGGAAGAGCUGGGUUGACAAAAUGUAACAAUGAGGGACAGCUGCUAGAGUAUCGAUCCUAUUCUAAUAGUUCACGUGGACAACACCAGGUGGCUGUGUAUUCAGACUCUCUACUUUCACUCCCUUGUGACAGUGAGCAAGCUGAAGAAGAUGCGUAACAAUAGUGAACGAGAAAAAUUAGGUUGUGAAAUAUUUUCUAAUACCUUUACUAUUUUCUUGAUACUUAUUCUGUGUUAUGAUUUAUGAAUCCUUCUAGUAUUAUAGCAUGAAAAAGUAAUAGGCAAAGUGCAUGACCUUAUUACCGUGUUAUUGUUUGUAAUUUAUAUCCUCUCACUCUCUCACAGGAGUUUUAGGCUUUCAGCUUAAGCCCUAAUAGUGAUUUAUGGCAUUGCUAGCAUGAUAUGUAGCCAAAUCUUAAAUUGGAACAUUCAGUUGAUAGCUGAUAACACUAUUGAUAUGAACUGGAUACGAAGUUAUUAAUAAUGUGAUGUCCUAUUUAGUCUAA